UGUUCUUUCUAAUUGACCCAUAUGUUAAUAAAACAACUUGACUUCCCGUUUACACCUUUAAUCAAAAUGAAAGGAACAUCAACAUCACCGCUAAUAAUCAAAAAUAACGAUAAAUCAAGCCACAAAACAGAGGAAGACGAAGAAGAUGAUGGGUUCUUCAAAUUUCGCAAAGGAAUUCAAAAUCACAACACUGCUACAAUCGGUUGCAUGACCUUUUACUCUCACAGACGCCAUUCUCGCAAAAGUGGAUCUUCGGGAAAGAAAGAGCAGAAGAGUAAGGAAGCAAUUGCAGGGAGAAAGCACAAGGAAAAUCGGGAUUCAGAAAAUUUAUUUGAUAAUAAGUCAUUUAAGAGAUUUUACCAAUCCAAAACCCAUUCUGAGGAUGUUGCUCAAAUGCUUGCACCUAUAUGGGCACCACCACUUGAAAUGAUGGCUGUUGGUUGGCUAGGGGACUGGAGACCCUCUUCCAUCCUCGAACUUCUCAGAUCGUUGGCAUCUUCCUCUUAUCUCUCGCCUUCCUCGGCUGACUCAGCCGAGACUGAUCGAAUAAUUGCACAGCUUAUCCAUGAAAUCCGAAUUGAAGAGACCAUAAUCGAUGAAGAGAUGGCUGAGAUUCAAGCCAAUUGUAUCCUCCACCUUCCAUUCAGAUCAACUAAUCAUGCCACUUCAUUUAAUGAUACAGGAGAUGAUUCUGUUCAGUUCGAGCUCAAAAAGAUAAAACAAGUGGUAACCAAGGCUCAACAACUUAGGUACAAAGUAUUGGAACUCGUUUCGAAUAAGGUAUUGAAUGAAGUUGAGGCCGGGAAGUUCUUAGUUGCGUUUUCUGGGAUUCAAGAUAUAGCUCACCAGUUUGCUGCUAAUCAAAAGUUGCAGAAGGGUCCGGUUUCUGUCUCAGUGAAAGCCUUGGCCACCUUCGAGUGAGAAUUGGUCUAAUCGGGAAAACUAUUGUGCAUUCCGAUAUGAUUAGGAGUUUAGGACUAACUCUUAAUUGACGGUAAAUUGUAAUUAGUAUUCUUUUUUACUUCCAUUUUGGUUUUGGUGAUGGCAUUGUUGAUUUCUCUGUAAUCUUGAUGUGUGAGCAAAAGCCAAAUAAUUUUGUACUUGUCUAAAGAUGUACAGAAGUGGUGAAAUAUUCAGAGCACAAUGCUAAGAGCAUUGAUCCAUUACAUUCCUAUAAA